ACUUGGACCGUAUGCAGCAUUCAGAGAAGUCGCACAGUUGAAACUUUGAGUCAGUUUCACUACUUAAAUCAGAGCAGGACUAUCUAAACAUGGUGUUUCCUUUUCUGAAAUGCGGACCUGUCUGAUACCUGCCUGCAUCUUUGUGAAGAAAGGGACCUGACUUCCAGCAAGUCAUUUUCUGGAUCAUCAAGCAGGAGUUUUACUAAAAUGAGUGCGCUAUUGAUCUGCGUUUUUCUGAUGUGCUCGUAUGGAUCUGGGUUCGCUGAGCCGGAAAAUUGCGACGAGGUGCAUAAAGUUUUUCACCUGAGGCAAAUCGGACCCAGUCAUGUUUUGCCUUCAGGUCCUGUAUCAGGUUCUAAUCUUCAGGUGUGCACCUCCAAAACCUUGACGUGCUGCACCAAAAAGACGGAGGAGAAGUACCAGGUGGCGGCCCGGCGAGACGUUCAAAACCUCCUGCAGAGCCACAGCUCCAGCCUGAAGCUUCUCCUGUCCCGCUACGUGGCUGCUUUUCAAGAGACCUUUGAGGUUCUGAUGAGGCAGGCCGAGAAUCACACCAACAACGUCCUCCAGGUGUCUUAUCAGAAAAUAGCUGAUGCUGCUGCUGCCUCAGUGAGGGAACUCUUCACCGAUGUGGGUCUCUUCCUGCUGGGUUCCGAGCUCAACGUUGAUGAGUUUGUGCAACGCUUUUUCGACGCACUCCUCCCACUGGUCUACAAUUACUAUAUAAACCCAGGAGGCAGUAACCCAUCACCAGGCCAUGAUGAGUGUGUGAGGUCACUUAACCGCAUUAUCAAACCGUUUGGUGCAGCGCCGGGCCUCCUCGCUGAUCAGAUUGCUACCUCUGGGGUCUCUGGGAAGCUGCUACUGCAGGCUCUGCACCUUGGCAUCGAGGUCAUUAAUACCACAGACCACUUACAGCUGAGCCGUGAAUGCAGACGGGCCCUGCUCAAGAUGCAAUACUGUCCUCACUGUCAGGGCAUAACACAUUCCAAGCCCUGCAUGGGCUACUGCCUCAACGUCAUGCGGGGGUGUCUGGCGAGCAUGGCGGAGAUCGACGCUCACUGGAGGGAGUUUGUUCGCUCACUGGAGGGACUGUCAGCUAGGAUGCAUGGAGCUCAGGAUUUGGAGCAAGUGCUUCUCGGAGCUCACACAAUGCUUCAUGAUGCUAUCAGGCAGGCUCAGAAGAAUGGAGCUCGCCUCUUGGCACAGGUUCACAAACUGUGCAGCCCACCAAUCAGGACGCCCGCGCAGUCGUUCAGCAUCCAGGACACAAACACCAGGGUCUCCAUCCCGCUCAAAGCCCUGAACAGGAGAUCAGAAGAUUCACUGUCUGUCAUGAGAAAGGACUUUCUGAAGAACCUGCGUGCAUUCAGCACUUUCUACGGUGGCCUGGCAGAUCAUAUGUGUCUGCAGGAGCUUUCGUCUGGUGACGGGGUGCCCUGCUGGAAUGGAACCAACAUUGUAAAGAGCUACACACGGCGCGUAGUUGGGAAUGGAGUCAGGGCCCAGAGUACCAACCCUGAAGUCAAAGUGAAAGGAGAAGACCCUGUGAUAAACCAGAUCAUUGACAAACUGAAACACAUCAAUCAGUUGCUGCAAGGAAAGACGAUCCCUAAACUUGGCUCUCUGGACCAGAUUGAAGCAGGAAGUGGGGAUUCAGAAGGGCGUUACAGCGGUGACUGUGAUGAUGAGGAUGGGUGUGCAGGUUCAGGUGGGAGUGAGAUUACCAGGAAAGUCUCCAAACUGAGUCCAGAUGUGACCGGUGAUUACAAACAUCAUCAUUAUCAUCAUCCACCUGCCAAGGACUCAAAUAUAAAUGGAAACUCUCACAGCCUCAGACUUACUGGAGUUAUCUGGGUCCUAGCAUUACCCUGCUUACAAAUGAUCCUGGACUUAUAACAGCUGUCUCUUUGCCCCAUUAAAGAUAGAAUUUAGAUAUUUAGUUUGUCUGCCCUAAGAUGAAAAAGCCACUGGACGUCAUUGGCUGUGAUAUACCACCUUGGACACAACCUCUACUGAGCUAAAUGUAAGACUGCAUAUCAUGGCUUUAAGAAAUCAGUUAUUUUUGAUAAGUUAAGAUUGGAUAAGGUGAGGUGGACAUUUCUAAAUGCUUAUAAUGACUUAUUUAUGAAAGGAAGCAUACAAAAAUACCUAUGCUAUAAAUGUAUGGUCUAUAAUAAGUUACAUUACUGUACAUUAAGUAAAUACUCUGUAAAUAUGUAUGCACUACUGUACUUCUGCAAAGCUUAGUAGUGUGCAGAUUGUUUUAAAAAGGAAUUUAUUUCUUCUGCAGUUGAAAUAUUUGUAUAUGGUGAAAAUGAUUUUUUUUAUAAUUUUUUUUUUUUUUAUAAAAGGUUGUCAUAAUAAUUACUCUGUGUGAAAACUGGCCCCAACUUUUUUUCCCUUUUUAAUCAAGUACUUUAUGACUGUAUAAAGAAACUUAAAAGAACUGUAAGGCAUGUAUGAAAUGCUAUCUUUUUUUAACCGUCAAAAAUCAAGAUUAAUUGAUGCUUUAUAGUUUAUUCAGGGAACUGUACAGUAAUACAACUGCAGGGUGAAAACUGCAGAAUGAGAAGAGUGGAAAGGUGUAGAUAGGGUGCAUGUGAGAGAAUUCAUGGCACUUUCUUCCUUAGAAAUAGAUUAGUUUCCUCAGGAGUCUAUUAUCAUCUUUCAAACUCAAUCCAACGCUGCCUUCAUAGGCCUGGAUGAGGGCUGAGAGCUUCAGGAGCCACGAGUGAAGAAAAAUAUGAUUGCCUAGACCUGCUUUCUGACUGCAUAAAGCUGGUGUGUUUCUAACAGAUUUUUAUCCUGAUACAUGUAAAUAAAAAUAGAUUUAUUUUAAUGUUAGUCAUGCAUUUUUGGUCAGUGGCUGGGAGAGAGAAGUCCUUAAUGAUAGUAGAAAAGUGUAAUUUUUUACCCAGACAUGUUAAGAAGGGCCAAGCGCCUCCCAAACCAAGUUAGAUUAUUUAUUUUAUUGUGUAAUAUGCAGAAAUAGAUUAUGCUCCUGAAUUUAUACCAUCAAUUCUUAUGUAAAAGUACAAUGCUGUGAAUUGUAUUCAAUUAAAAAAGAGGUAUUUCACUGAUUUGAGCCCUUUUGUGCCCAUGCUUUUAAAAUUUUGAAAUUAUCCUGUAAAUUAUGAUUUAAAAAAAUAAGGAAAC